AUGUUCAUUGGAGAUCGUGGUCUUUGUGUCGGCUCUCGUUUGAAGGGUCAUUUAAAGUAUGGUGGAAAAUGGAAGCCUCGCUUACAUUCAUCUGUCGCCACUGUGCAUACUACCAACGAACACAAGACAUCCCAGACGUGCAUGUACUGCUUUGGGCCCACCUCUCAUCCCACACAAACCAUCAAAGCAAAAGAUGGUAAGACCAAGGCAAGGUCCAUUCAUGGUGCAUUCCUGUGCUUAAAUCCUGCCUGUGUGUCCGUUCUCAAUCACAGAGCCAUUCAAGGUAGAGACAAGACAUCUGCUUUGGCCAUCGCUGUCUCUGGGCUUUCCAUUCUCUUGUUCAAGCAGCCAUUGCCUGUAUUCAAUCCAAACCCCAGUCAAUCCAACACUGGCAUUAUUUCCAAGACCACCUCUUUCUGCAGCAGAAACGAGAAAAGGGACGGCAGCGGUGCUGUAUUAGCGGACGCUUGA